CAGCUCCAUGCGCAGAGCCGCGUGCCCUCCUGACAGUGCGUCUCCCAGUCACUCUCAGCAGCUUGUGCUGUGAUACAUUCCAGAAGAGAGGGGAAGGUUGUGUGUGAGUGUGUCAGAGAGAGAGAGAGACAGAGUUGAGAUGUCUUGAUGGACUACUGGAUGUAACUGGUUGUUCAUUGCGCCUGCGGAGUCUAAUUUACGGACAUUAUGGAUUGGUCCAACUGGUGUAAAAACUGACAACUCAACUUCAGUUUUCUCUCCCUCAGGAAGAAGAAUGGACAUUCAACAAGGCAUGGAGGCUACUUUAUUGCCAAUUUCGUUGACCACCGACUGGCAGGACGACGGGAACGAGACAAUUGGCAAUCAGUUCCAGCAGCCAGAUUGGCAGGUGGCUUUGUGGGCUCUAGCCUACUCCCUCAUCAUCCUGGUGUCCAUCACUGGCAACGUAACAGUGAUCUGGAUCAUUCUAGCACACAGGCGCAUGAGGACCGUUACCAACUACUUCAUUGUCAACCUGGCCUUCUCCGAUGUUUCCAUGGCAACCUUCAAUACUCUUUUCAACUUUGUCUAUGCGCUUCACAAUGACUGGUACUUCGGCCUGGGCUACUGCCGAUUCCAGAACUUCUUCCCCAUCACUGCCAUGUUUUCCUCAAUAUACUCAAUGGCUGCCAUUGCAGUGGACCGGUACAUGGCCAUCAUCCACCCCCUGAAGCCCCGUCUGUCCUCCACCUCUACAAAGGUUGUGAUUGCCCUGAUUUGGAUUGUAGCAAUAUUACUGGCUUUCCCUCAGUGCUACUACAGCAUGACACAGUUUUACAACCCCAGAACGGUGUGCAUGGUCAACUGGCCUGACGACUAUGGUGGAACACAUCAACUGAGUUACCAGUAUUCAGUGAUAUUACUGAGCUACCUGCUCCCUCUGUUGGUGAUGCUGGUGACCUACAGUUUGGUUGGCCAGUCGCUGUGGGGUGGGCACAUCCCCGGGGAGGCAACAGACCAUUACCACAGCCAGAUCACAGCCAAGAGAAAGGUGGUGAAGAUGAUGGUUGUCGUUGUGCUGACAUUUGCCCUUUGCUGGUUGCCCUACCACAUCUACUUCAUUUUGGGAUCAUUUAACAUAGACAUAUAUAAACAAAACUACAUCCAGCAGGUGUAUCUGGCCAUAUUCUGGUUGGCGAUGAGUUCGACCAUGUACAAUCCCAUCAUCUACUGCUGUCUAAACCAAAGGUUUCGUGCAGGUUUCCGCCACGCGUUUGUAUGGUGUCCCUUCAUCAAAGUGUCAGAGGAGGACAGGAUGGAGUUGCAGCACACCAACACCUUCCGAGUCACCAUGACGCGUAGCCACCGCAAAGACAGCACAAACACACACACAUCCGGCAAAAGAGCUGUCAACCCUGAACUAAACACCGAGAGAGACGCUCGCGUGCAGCUCAAGAAACAGCCACCGACUAAAACACACAGCGUACUCAGAUACACAUGCGGAGAGGAGGCCGAGCGAUUCACAAUCCCCGGCUGCAAAACGCAUGGAGCACACCCAUCGACCACCCAAUCAAAUCACCAUGAGGACAUCGGUGGGAUGGUGACAGGGUUUCUCUACAGCUACAGAGCUGAUGAGAAAUAGAGAAUGAAGCAUCAGAGCAAACUGUGGUGAUAUUCAUCGUCUUAGUACGGAGCUGUUCAUUGGAUUUAGGACUAAUCACUUUUUAAAAUGGAAAUUGAUGUGAGGCGCAUAACAACACAUGCAUACUGGACAAGAGAUUAACAAGAAGGUCUGUAGAUAAAUCCUGCAGUCAUUGAUUAGUUUUACCGAAGCCCAUUCUCCUCUCUCCUCCGUCUACACUUUUUCUUUCAUCGCUGACUUUUUACCAACCUUUUCUCUUCUUUCGAGAAAAACUAACUAUAAAAGUAUCUUUGCGUGCUUAUUUGUCUUCAGCAGCAUAAAAUGGGUGGACAGUCCACUGGCAUCAGAACCAAGCCUUAAUAAUGCGGUACUUCAUUUGAAAACUUUUAUUUUUGUUGUGUUUAUUAUGUGAGACUGGGUUGAUUUACAAAGGCAGCGGCGGGUCGUCUUCGUACAGUCUGGCAGCAUGUUGGACAAAAAUCGUGUCACAAAAUCCUACAGAGCUUUCUGUGUCAAAGUGAAAUUUCAUUUAUUGAUACACACACGUAACAAAGUAAAAUAAAUAAAGCUCCUCCUGUUAUUAAGAGCAGGUGUCCGUGACCACACAGCAGGCGAGACAAACAAACACUCAGUAGGGCUCCACCCCGGGUGUCUAAUAUAAAUUACAUAAACUUACAAAACAUUCACAUAAACUGGGCGUCAUCCAUUUUAGAGGAAAAAUUAUAUGACGACCAUGGACCUGUUAGUGUACAGUACUAGUAUUUUGACAGAUCUAUAUGUAUUGUGAAUUCACUGGUUCAUAGACCUGUAUUUUCUAUGGCCAUUGUACAGUUGAGCAGUCAUUAAAAAGUGAAAGUGUUGCUCCUCGAAGAAUGUGAUGUAUAUUAAUGUUAAUCAUGCAGAUGAAGUGAAAAUGGAAAUAUGAGACUUAUCUACUUGGAUGUUGUAAAUACUUUAGCCGUUUAACAUUGACAUUUGAGAAUGUAGAGAAAACUACUUGAUUCCUUGAUCAACUUUUGACUAUUUAAACACACACGGUGAAACAAAGUGAAACAUCUGUAUUGGUUGUUUACACAAAAAGUAGGGUGGUUACUCGUGACCUAAAUAAACAAGAAUUAUGUGUUUAAUAAA